AUGAAAGGUCCACCACCUAAUCGAAGUUCAGGAAGGUGUACAGUUCUUCCUGCGACCGCCGCACGGGGCACGCGGGCUUCAAACUGUCAUCCCCAUGCCGGAGGGUUAUUGGGUACAAAUGGACCAUCCAAGGGAAAACCUGACACAGUCAGUAGCACCCUAGCCUUUUCUUCAGCUGUUGCAGGCACUAUUCAGGCUUCUGCAUUGCCCAGUGAUGUGACCCGGAAGUCAACAUCAGGUGAUGAGAAUUAUAUUAUGCUGCCUAGAGUAAAAAGUGAAUUGUUGAAUCCAGUUAGACUAUACAACAGUAUGGAUAAUCUACGCAGAGAAAGUGAAAAGGCUGCAAUUUCCAAUCUUUCUGUACCUGUGAAUUUGAACAGUCAACCGUCUUCUCAAACAUUACCCAGAGAUAGCGAUAGAGGAAAUUGUACUACAGUGAACACAACAAAUUCUACUGACAUCCCCAAGCAGUUGUGCAGCUCUGGUCCUGAUGAAGCCAUUGCUGCUACCGAUGAAGAGAUUCAGCACCUGUGCUGUGAUAUGUCCUCAGUUAACAUUGAUAGAGAUGCCCAAAAUGAAAACCAUGUUAUAACCAAACCUAACAGCCCUCCAUCUGAUGGCGAAAUGACAAAUUUAGAGAUGCACUUGCUAGCUAGCAAAGCUACUGCAUCCAAUAAUAAGUUGUGCAUUCCAACGGAUCAGUGUGAUUGGAAUUUGGAAAUUAGAUUCACAAGAUCAUUAAGUAUCAAACAAACUGAAGUGGAGGAUGAUACAACAUCUUUUGAUAAUUUAAGAUUGAAGGAUCCAGAACAGGGCGAACCUUGUAGUGCUAUAAAUGCUGGUUCUUUAUCAGCAGAUAAUAAAGUUGGGGAUGAUUCUUUAUCACAUGCAUCUAGCAUAUUAUGUAAUGGUUACCCUGAGAAAUUGAUCUGCAGCAGCUCUUAUGGUUUAAUAAAUAACACCAUCAAACGUUCUUUAAUGCUUCGAGAUGAAAGAAAUGAGCAACGCAUCAGAAGGUUUCCCGCUAUAGCAGUUAAUGUUAGAAAUGAUGCUGCUAUGGAUAAGGAAAAAUCUGAUUCAUGGAAAGUCCAGAGUAACAGCCAGUCAAGGUUCUCUUUCGCAAGACAGGAGGAAUCCAACAUUCAAACAUUUGAUGCACUUCCAUGUAUUGGUGUUUGUGGGCAACCAACGACUUGCUCACUCAUCCAGAACUUUGCAGAAAGAGACUCAUAUUUACAUAAGUUGAGUAUUGGAAAUGGUUUCCCUAUCAGUAACACUGAAGAAUCUGAAAAUUUAGGCAGUAGCCACUCUGUUGCUUCUUCUAAUGAGCUUCCUGCUGUAACAAGAGCUCAAAUUACUGCUCCACCACGAUUUUCUGCUCCAAGGAGGGCACCACCACCCGGUUCCUCUUCUCAUGCCAGAGUUGAACAGGCUUUUGAAUCCUCAUCUGGUUGGUUGAGAUUUUUCUCUAGGAUGCUACCAAAGCUUCUUCCAUUUACUUGA